AUUUGCGUUUUCGGGAAAAAAUCAGUCGGGUGUACAAUAUAAAACGUAAUCAUUGUUUUAAAUAUGUACAAACUCGUUAAAUUUUAGGACGACAACAAUUAAAAAUUUCUGAGAUUUAAGUAAAAAUGUUCAUUUUUGGGCAAAAUUAAUUUUGAGGGGCUUCCUCAAGUUUAUUUUCCCCGAGAAAAACGCCAUUUCUCGUUGAAGAUAGUAAUUUAAUCAGCUGAUCAAAGGUCGCAGAGGUCAUCCCAAUCACAAGUAUUUUAUUUUAUUUUUAAGAAAUAAACUAUUGAUUUAAUUGAGUUCUUAGAAUAUUUAGAUAAGUUCUCGUGAUCGUGACACAGCCGAAUUCGUAAUUGUUUCGUCGAAAUUAUUUAUUUAUUCAUUAAAUACGUCAUUUUUUGUAUAUAAAUUUAAGUGAAACCUGUUAAACUGUGUCAUUUAUUUGUUUGGAAGGAGUAUAAAAAUGUGUUAACAAAAGUAUGCAAGGUCAUCCUAGUUUGUGUUUACUUUCGUUACUACCAGUCACUCGAAUGCUAUCGGUGUUAUCUCAAACUCAAGAAAGUGAUAAUUGUGAUCAGUGAAUUUACAAAAAAAAAAAAAAUGUUUCGUUUACACACAAUAAAUCUAGUGAAAAAAAAGUGCCGUCAACUGUCCAUCGAGGCCGUCCAAAACAAGGGAAAAAUUAAGGUCAACGAUCAGGUAGAAAGUCCACUCACAGACUUAUUUGGGAGAAACCACACAUACUUGCGAAUAUCACUCAGCGAACGAUGUAAUUUACGAUGUCAAUAUUGUAUGCCUGAAGAAGGGGUCAAACUAACCCCGAACGAAAAAAUCCUAACAUCCGAUGAAAUCAUUAAAAUAUCUCGACUUUUCGUUAACGAAGGAGUGACAAAAAUCAGACUAACGGGGGGUGAGCCCACUGUACGGAGAGAUUUGCUAAAAAUUAUAGAGAGUUUGAAAAAAAUUGAGGGACUUGAAACAGUAGCGAUGACCACAAAUGGCUUAACUUUGACUCGUCAAUUGGUUGCCCUACAAAGGGCAGGUUUAGAUAUAGUUAACAUCAGUUUAGACACCCUAAAACGGGACAAGUACGAGUUUAUUACGAGACGAAAAGGGUGGGAAAGGGCAAUGAUGGGAAUUGACUUGGCCCUACAGUUGGGGUACGACCCAGUUAAAAUUAAUUGUGUCGUCAUGAAAGGGUUUAACGAUGAUGAAAUCCUCGAUUUUGUUAAUUUUACCAAAGACAAGAAUGUCGAUAUAAGAUUUAUCGAAUAUAUGCCCUUUACGGGGAAUAAAUGGGACUUGAGUAAAUUAGUGUCAUAUCAAGAUAUGUUAUCUGUGAUAAAAAAACAGUAUCCUGAUUUAUACCCUCUUGAAAACAAACCAAACGAUACCUCAAAAGCUUGGAAAGUACCAAAAUUUCUAGGACAAGUAGGCUUUAUAACAUCUAUGAGUGAACACUUUUGUGGCUCUUGUAACCGAUUAAGAAUUACAGCUGAUGGAAAUUUAAAAGUUUGUUUAUUUGGAAACACUGAAGUUUCAUUACGAGAUGCAAUACGGAGUGGUUGCAGUGAAGACGAUUUAAUCGCUUUAAUAAAUGCGGCUGUGAAAAGGAAAAAAAAGCAGCAUGCAGGUACAAAAAAUCGCAUUCUGGAUCCCUUGCAUAAAAAUAUUAUUACAGGCAUAUUGAAUUUUUCAUUUAGAAACGAACUAAAAUUAAUAAUAUUUUUUGUUUCAGCUCCCAUUUUCGCACGAAACUACUCAACCAAGCUCAGUCACGUGACCUCCGAAGGCAAAGCCACAAUGGUGGACAUCACCCCGAAACCCGAUUCUGUGAGGACGGCCAAAGCUCGAGGCACCGUCCGAAUUAAUUACCAAACAAGUGAUUUGAUUCGAGAUGUGACUGCGAAAAAAGGCGACGUUUUGACUGUAGCACAACUUGCUGGUAUAAUGGGUGCGAAAAAAACGUCCCAACUCAUUCCCUUGUGUCAUAAUAUUGCAAUUAGUAAGGUUGAAGUCAAUGUCAAGCUCAAUUACGAGAGGAAACAUAUUGAAAUUGAGGCGAGUGUGAGGUCUGUUGGUAAGACUGGUGUUGAGAUGGAAGCUUUGACGGCUGUUAGUGUGGCAGCAUUGACUGUGUAUGAUAUGUGCAAGUCUGUCAGUCAUGAUAUUGUGAUUGGUGAUAUUUCUCUCGUGAGUAAGAGUGGUGGUAAGAGUGAUUUCGGGGAGCCAAUCGUAUUGAAGACACUCGAAGAGUCUGUUAAGGAUACGGAAAUACGGGUGGGAGCAAUCUGAUCAUCUAUCAUUUGUUAUUGUUUAUUGUUACAAAAUUUCGCAAAAUAAAUAAUUACUUACU